CAAACGCGGCCACCUGAGGAGCCAGGUAGCCAAGGCAGCGGCAGGCUCAACUCAGAUAUCGCGAGAUGCAGGAGGCCUCGCGAGAUCGGACCUCUCGUUCUGACGGGCGGGCGUUCUUGCCGGCCGGUAUGGGAGGGCUUUGGCGUCCGGGCUUGAGGCCCGUCGUUUUCUGUGGCUGGCGCUGGAGCCACCCUGGGUCCCCGACUCGGGUAGCGGAGAGGGUAGAGCCGUGUCUCAGGCCGGGCAGGAGUGGGACAGGAGGUGCUGAGACGGGGCUGAGGCGGCUUGGGACAUGGAAGCCCCCGAGUCUGGCUGGAGAACUGACCGUGCAGCCGCCGCGGCGGCCGAAGAGCACGAACCCGUACACGCGCGCGCAGGAGGAGGACUGGCGGCGGCGGAACAAGACCGUCCUCACGUACGUGGCCGCGGCCGCCGUCGGCAUGCUGGGCGCGUCCUACGCCGCCGUGCCCCUCUAUCGGCUCUAUUGCCAGACUACUGGACUUGGAGGAUCAGCAGUAGCAGGGCAUGCAUCAGACCAGAUUGAAAACAUGGUGCCUGUUAAGGAUCGCAUCAUCAAAGUCACGUUUAAUGCAGAUGUGCACGCAAGCCUCCAGUGGAACUUUAGACCUCAGCAGACAGAAAUAUAUGUAGUGCCAGGAGAGACUGCACUGGCGUUUUAUAAAGCUAAGAAUCCUACUGACAAGCCAGUAAUCGGAAUUUCCACGUACAAUGUUGUCCCGUUUGAAGCUGGACAGUAUUUCAAUAAAAUACAGUGCUUCUGUUUUGAAGAACAAAGGCUUAAUCCACAAGAGGAAGUAGAUAUGCCAGUGUUUUUCUACAUUGAUCCUGAAUUUGCUGAAGAUCCAAGAAUGGUGAAUGUUGAUCUCAUCACUCUUUCUUAUACUUUUUUUGAAGCAAAGGAGGGAUACAAGUUGCCGGUUCCAGGCUAUAAUUGAAGUCAGCAACUGAGUCCCGCUUCAAAUUUGUGAUUUUUGAAAAAUCAUGUAUUUAGUCUUCUCAGAAGAGAAAUAUGCUUCUAUUUUAAAUAUUAUGUACUGAUGGUUCUUUUCUUCUUCCCAACUAAUUUACCCUACUUAAAAUUGAGAGAACGGGAUUACCUUUUUAUCAUAAGGAAUCCACACGCCAAUUUAGAAUGUAUGACUGUUCAAAACCAUACUUAGUUUGUUAAAUAGUAUUAAAAGAAACUGCUUUGUUUCUUAAAUAUGUAAGCUUGGACUUGAUGGUUCAUCUUAAUUCCCCAGUCCCCUUCCAAAUUAUUAGCACUUCAUACUUGUAAUAAUGAAUUUUUUUUUUAAUGCCAGGGUUAUUUGUUUUAGGCUGUAGGUCAGAACUUCUGACCAUUUUCAUUGUUUCUCAAAUAUAGUUGGUUACUACUUUCUUUGUGAACAGUCACUAUUUUAAAAGCUCAAAACAAGAGGAAUCACUACACCCUAUACCAGCUUGCCCAAAGAUUACAUUCUGAUUUCAAAUUUGACUGUAGUUUUCCUUUCAGAUCUAGGACUAUUUUACAUUCAGAGUACUUUAUAAUUAUUUUGAAAUUUCAGUAUCAUGAAAUUGAAAUAAAAUGCAUAAGUAUA